UCCACCGCCACCGCCGCCACCGCCGCCGCCGCCGCCGCAGUUUUCUUCCUUUCCUGGCUCGGCCUCGGGGUGCGCCCGCAAGGCUCCUACUGGUGUCUCUGGAGCAUGGGAGGCUGCUGAGCUUGAGUGGCGGUGUCUGGCAGGAGCUGUGUGUCUUGCUUGGUGGUAGGGAGGACGUCCAUGGCUGCAGCCAACAAGGGCAACAAGCCCAGAGUCCGGAGUAUCCGCUUUGCGGCAAGCCAUGAUGCAGAAGGCUCCCAGGGCCAUGUCCAUUUUGAUGAGAAGCUGCAUGACUCAGUGGUCAUGGUCACUCAGGAGAGUGAAAGCAGCUUUCUGGUUAAGGUUGGCUUCCUGAAGAUCCUGCACAGGUAUGAGAUUACCUUCACUCUGCCCCCCGUGCUCAGGCUGAGCAAAGACAUCCAUGAGGCACCUGUCCCCAGCCUGCACCUCAGGCUCCUCAGUGUCAUGCCCAUUCCUGAAGGUUAUAGCAUCAAGUGCGAGUACUCCGCACACAAGGAGGGCGUCCUGAAAGAGGAGAUGCUGUUGGCCUGUGAGGGAGGCACUGGUGCCUGCGUGCGUGUGAUGGUGCAGGCGCGGGUCAUGGACCGGCACCAUGGUACACCGAUGCUGCUGGAUGGUGUCAAGUGUGUGGGUGCCGAACUGGAGUAUGACUCAGAGCACAGCGACUGGCAUGGCUUCGACUGAGGCCAGCCUGCCUUGGGGCUUCUCAGCCUUAAACCCUGCCUCCUCUCCCAACAUGCUGCGUGAUGAUGUGGCUUCCUUACCCCUCCCUAGGGUCGGCAUGGGAAUGGCAUGUCCACCGCCUAGGCCGGGCCUAGUGCCUCUCACCUCUGCCUUCAUUCUGCCACCACCCUGCCUUUCCUCUGUCCUCCUCUCCCACUUCCUCCUCUUCAUGUGCCUCAGUCUCCUGCUGGAAGAAAUAGGUUGAGCUCCCAAGGUGGGUAUCUGAGGAGAGGACAGGAGGGCCUGGUGUGGGAUCUACCCACUCUCCACCCCAAGCCUUAGGGGCUCCGGCCUGGGUCUGGGAGAUGACAGAGUGGCUCUGUGAUGUCGACCCCCCACCCCCAUUGCUGCUGCUGCUGCUAUCUCACCUCAGCCACCUUUCCCACCCCUCCUCCUUUCUGACUGCUGCCCACAAGAGUAGGAGGGAGGCUCGGUUCCCAGUUCCUACCCCUCAGGUCUGUGUUACUUGGUUUUUAAAUGACUGGUUGGAACAGAACCUUAAAUAAAACUUCCAGUGGA